UACGUCAGUUGUGUGCGGUGUUGGUGUCGGGCGGACGUGUGUGCGACCAGUGAGCGAUGAACCGCGCCUAUCGACGUAACUCAUCAUGGCUAAAUGUACCGGAAAGCUGGCGUCGACAGCGACAAUCGGCCUUCUGUUGGUAAUACUGCCCGUCAUAUCAUUACUGCUGAAUCCAAUGCGCCUGAUUGUUAACUAUGCCACCAGAGUGAACAAAGGAUCAUUCAUGUUGGAGACUUUUCAGAAGGAGGUGGAAGGCGCGCACCUUUCUCUCUACGUGUUCAACAUCACUAAUUCUGACAGGUUUAUGACUGGACAGGAUGACAAACUCAAAGUGGAAGAAAUUGGACCCUUCACAUAUGCGGAAAUUCGUCACAACGUGGACGUAGACCUAAACGAGGAGGAAGGAGUGAUGUGGUUCACCCCACAGAUGAAGUUGCGGUUUGUGCCGGAGAAGUCUAUCUCAAAACCUGAAUUCCUAAAUAUCACAGUUCCUAAUCUUGCGCUAUUGAGCGCGACUUCCCUGAUCAGCCAAUACCCGUCCUUAAUAAGAGAGGGCUAUAACCUGUUCGUCCGGCAUCUCAAGUCACAGCCGGUGAUCAGUUUGGACGUGCACAGUUACCUGUGGGGAUACCCCGACCCGCUUAUCGCCAUGGCUCAGAAACUAGUGCCUGGACUUAUUAAUUUCGAUAGCUUCGGUAUUGCUGAUAGGCUAUAUGAGAACUCGACAAUGUACCGAAUGAAAGUGGGUAUAAGGGAUGAAGACCGGUUCAGCGUCAAGGAACUGAAGAAGUUCAGGAGGAAAGAUUACAAUAACACAGAUGUUGAACCGUUGGAAAGCAUUUACAGGUUGGGAGUCUGUCGGACCUUCGACCUAGUCUUCCAAGAGACGAAGACCAUGGAGUACGGCUUCGAUGCCUGGAAGUACAGGAUCAAUAACGCAACUUUUACUAGAGACUGCAGUCGAGGUUUCUGCGGCAUGAUGGAUUUGUCAAAAUGCACUUUAGGUAUUCCCAUAGGUAUGAGCAAGGCACAUUUCUUACACGCAGACCCGGCGAUCUAUCACCGCGUUGAGGGUAUGAAGCCGAAUGCAGAGGCACAUGACUCAUAUUUUCUUGUUGAGCCAACAGUAGGAAUUACCCUAUCAGCGGCGUUGGCUCUGCAGAUGAAUGUGAAUCUAGGAAAUAUUACUUUCAACGAAGCCACAGCUAGUUUCUCCAACAUGGUAGUACCUGUGGUCUACAUUAAAGUUAUACAACAAGACUGUUUCGAAACAAUAAAAGACAUAUUACGAAUAAUUCACAUCACAGGACCUACAGUACUUUUAGUCUUAGAAAUAAUUUUAUUUAUAGUCGGUAUAGGGUUAUUAGCGUAUUCAGUAGUUAUCUACAAGAAAAGUUGCGCUCAUCACAAGAAGAAGUGUUUAAAAGAAAAGCAGACUGCACCUCUGAUAACAUAUUUGAAGAAUUAGUAAAAUUAUUUCAACAUUUAUUAUUGGACUGGAAGAAUUAACUUUGUUUUAGUCAAAACGAUGAGAUAUAAAGAGGCUACGGAUAUUUUUUGCCCACAAAGACAAACAUUUCUUUGUUUUUUCAUUCAUCUCAUUUCAUUUCAACGGAACGUGUAGUGUAAAAUGACUAUAACAAAA